UUUUUCAAAUGUAUGGGAACUCCGAUCGAUUCAAAGUUGAAGCUCUCAGAAGAUACGUGAACUAUGGCAACGGCGGUUGGGAUCGGAGAAGGGAAUUCCGGUGCCGGGGGUGGAACCUUAUCGGAACUUUACCAAAGCUCGAGACGGCUCUUACUCAAGUCUCGAGAUGGUUUGGAGAGGCUCGAGCGUUUCGAGUACACUUCGUCGUCGUCUUCAUCUUCAUUUUCGAGUGCUGUCGUGACAGAUCCUUCAGAACAACCGUUUGAUGCAGUAAGGCAAGAUAUCGCUCAGAUCCAGUCUCUUUGCUCUAAGAUGGAACUUCUCUGGCGAUCCAUAUCUGCCAAAUCCCAGCGUGAUCUCUGGAAAAGAAAAGUGGAACAAGUGGCUGAAGAAGCUGACUCUUUGAAAGCCAGUCUGGAUAAAUAUAAUUUAAGACAUCAGCGACGUAUGCAAGAAGCCCGGGAGAGAGCAGAACUGAUUGGAAGAAGUAAUGGUGAUUCGUCCCAUGUUCUGAGGAUUUUUGAUGACGAAGCACAGGCGAUGCAAUCUGCUCGUAAUUCAUCUAGAAUAAUGGAAGAAACCCUGGCAACAGGUGUGGCCAUUCUAUCCAAAUAUAGCGAGCAGAGGGAUCGUUUGAAGAGAGCUCAACGUAAAGCACUGGACGUGCUCAACACUUUGGGGCUUUCAAAUUCUGUGAUGAGAAUCAUUGAGAAGAGGAAUCGCGUUGAUAGAUGGAUCAAGUAUGCAGGGAUGGUCUUAACAAUUGUGAUUCUGUUUUUCAUUUGGAGGUGGACAAGAUGAUUGGUACUGCUGUGGACCAUUUAGCGAGUGUCUUGUGGUAGUAUAUUGAGGUAAUGAGACUUUUAGUCCCCUUUAAAGGAAUCUGGGGAAAUUUGACUUGAUACUUGAUUAGCCAUUUUGAACUAAUGAAGAAAUUGAUAAAGCAUUGCAAUGUAGAAUAUGAAAACAUCAUUUUUGGAAACUU